CGUUGCUGCUCUUGGGUAUCUGCAAAUACAAGCUACCGUCCUUGGCAGGUAUCGCAUUCCUCUCUUACCCACACAACCCCGGUUCUCAUCUCCGCCGAGCCCAUCUACGCUCGUCUUUGAAUCGAAGCUCUCGUCAUCGCCACCCUGCAAGACUCGUGUUCUCAGCCAUCCGUCGCCGUAUCUAGCAAUAUCCGCAGGCUGCUCUAUCACUUGAUCAACCUCCGGCGAAAUGUCCGGGGAAGACCAAGCUUUGUGGACCCCCACUUCACCCGAAACGUCUGCUACGUUCCGGUUCCUGAACCGUAUUAACGCCGAGCACUCCCUAGCACUGUCCAGCUACUACGACCUGUACAAGUGGUCCGUCGAGAACAUCGACAAGUUCUGGAGCGCCGUCUGGGACGCAACCGAGGUCGUCGGACACAAGGGCACACACGUAGUCGACACCGCCGCGCAGCCACCGGCCAAUCCAGCAUGGUUCCAAGAGGCCCGAGUGAACUGGGCUGAGAACAUGCUCCAAUGCCGCUCUCCGGAGAAGACCGCCCUCGUCCAAGCCAUCGAACCCGAGCUUAACCAUCCCCAUCCCGAACUCCGACGCGUCAGCUAUGCCGAACUGUAUGCGGUCGUCGCCGAUCUGGUGUCGGCCUUCCUCGCACGCGGCCUCCAACCUGGCGAUCGCAUAGCGUCAUACUCUUCCAACUGCAUUGAGAAUGUGGCUGCCUGCCUGGCUUGCGCCGCAAUCGGAUGCAUUUGGGUCAGCGCCGCGGCCGACUUCGGACCUGAAGGUGUCUUCGAGAGGUUCGAACAAGUGCAGCCCCGCCUGAUCAUCUCGGUGGACGCUGUCGUCUACAACGCGAAGGUGCACCCGCAUCUUCCGAAGCUCAGGGCGCUAUUGGUCGAUCUCGCGGAGAGAUCUUCCCUGCAUCCCGAGGUCGUUGUCGUCCGCCAUCCGUUCGACGUCACCAGUCGUGGAGACUGGGAUGCCGGCUGGAAGGAUUGGAAUGAAUUGGUCGCCGUGGGUCGAGAUAAGAAGCUUGGGCGGGAUGCCGAUGGCGAGAUUCUAUGGAAACGGCUUGAUUUCAAUUGGCCGCUGUGGAUUCUGUUUAGUUCCGGGACCACAGGAAGACCGAAACCGAUCGUCCACCGUGCUGGCGGAAUGCUUAUUCAAGCCAAGAAGGAGUUCGUCAUUUGCGCGGAUUUGCAACCUCGUGAUGUGUUCUUCUACUACACGACGACGGGAUGGAUGAUGUGGAACUUCCUCAUAGCCGGGUUGAGUGUGGGCUGCACGCUCGUGCUCUAUGACGGAAGUCCACUAUAUGACCCGGCGCAUCUUUGGCACCUCGUGGACGAGCUGGGCAUAACGAUCUUCGGAACCAGUGCGAAGUACAUCGAUCAGCUGGCGAAAGUCUACAAACCUGCUGGACGCCACAACUUGACGACUUUGCGGCAUAUAUACUCCACGGGCUCUCCGCUCGCGCCACACUUGUUCGACUUCGUCUACGAGCACAUUAGCAGGAAUGUUCUGCUGGGCUCGAUAACCGGUGGGACGGACAUAUGCUCGCUCUUCGCGGGAAUGUGCAGUGCGCUGCCGGUGUUCCGAGGGGAGAUCCAAUGCAGACUUCUAGGAAUGGCUAUCGAAGCCUUCACCCCUACAGGCACCGUGGCGGGCCCAGACGAAGGGGGCGAGCUCAUCUGCCUCAAACCGUUCCCUUGUAUGCCGGCCGGAUUCUGGCCGCUCCCAGGGUACGGUACCCUAGAAGCCGUCGAGUCAGCGGCGAAGAGAUACCAGGACGCGUACUUCUCCGAGUUCAAGAACGUUUGGUUCCACGGCGACCACAUCGUUAUCACGCGCUCGCGGGCAGGCAAUGGCGGUGGCCUCGUAAUGCUGGGGCGUAGCGACGGCGUCUUGAAUCCGGGGGGCGUCCGUUUUGGGUCAGCUGAGAUAUACGACGUGAUAGAGCACUGCUUCUCGCCCGCCGCAACACAUGCGGGCCACACCAUUGUCGACUGCCUCGUCGUCGGCCAGAGCAUCGCGAGCGGGACGGACGAGCGCGUCAUUCUGUUCGUCAAGUUGCUUGAGGGACAAGUCUUGACUGCAGAGCUCGAGAACAGGAUCAAGUCAGAGGUGCGGGCGAGGCGAAGCGCGCGGCACGUUCCAGCACGGAUCAUCCAGGUCGAGGACAUUCCAUACACGGUGAACAUGAAGCGCGUGGAGGUGCCUGUGAAAAAGAUCAUCAACGGUGCCCCGGUGAGCAGCGUCAAUCCGGCCACCCUGCGGAAUCCCGAAUGUCUUGCUGCGUACGAGAAAAUUGGGGAGUCGCUGCGGGCGGAAGCAUAAGUGAUGGUGCGAGAGUUUUCGCGGAGAUGAGCGAACAUAAUGACAGUGGAGGAACGGAACACGGAAGUCAUAUGUCGGCUUGCGAAUGUUGCCGUGGAAGAUACAGUCAGACGAGUCAAUGUAUAAGUAGCAUGCUUAUCCGGAUAAGAGGCGGGUAAACGGAGGAGGAGAGGGCGGCUUACGAAUAGGCUCCGGGGGUUGGACGAGGUUUGACUGAGGUGGCCGGGCCGAUGGAUCUGGACCUGAGAUCGUGCGGUGAUGGGAUAGCCGGAUGGGAUGGGCACCUUAGAUGCAACUGCCCGAUUUUGACUUUGGAGUUGCUGCCUCGUGUCGUCGGGCUCCCAUCAGCACCAUGCCUUUGCACCUUCGCUUUGGGGACCAACUCGCACACAAACAAUGGAAAAUUUGGCCGCCUUAAGCAGCGGGGCUCUCACUCCCGUGCCUUUCUCCGAGCCUCCUCCUGGUCGCUUUCCCUCGUCUCCCGACCACACCAGGCUCCUGCUCGUUCGCUAGACCGCUUUCUGCGCUUCCUGCAGCGGAACCGGUCCUUUCGACGGGCACGACUCGCACGGACACGACAGGAUAUCGGCCACGAUCACGAAACGAGUUUAGAGCACGGUCCGACACACGGCCACGUUUUCUCGCUUUGCUACGCUUGCACCGAUUGAUUCUGCAGAGGUCACGCAGCGCCGCCAUCCCGAGGCCUCGUUUUCAUUCAUAGCCUCAUUUCGCACUUCAUUCGGCUCGCUUGCCCCUUUGCGCCUAUCGCCGCUUCACCUCUGUUGUCGCUUUUGGUCGAGCCUCCCUGCAGCAUCGCGUGAUGUCUCCUUCAAAUACCAGGGCGCAGAGCAGGCCGAGGGCCCAGUCCCGCUCACGUUCCAACAACAACACUUCUUCAACCAAGCGACCUCUCUUUGCUUCUCUCUUUUGUCUGCCCCGCAUGCCCCCCGUGUUCAAUAUCGUCCGGGUGUGCGUGUAUGUGGCGGUCCUGGUAUGGACGAUCGUGUGCUUGGCCAUUGCGGCGCACUUCCAGAGCAUCCUCCAGUCUUCGGACCUUACUCGUUUCGUGCCGUUCGCCAUCUUCGUCUCCUGCACAACUAUGGUUAUCAUCAUCGCUCUGCUGGCCUUUGGGUUGUGGAAGGAAAGGAACCCUAUAUCCACCAGGGUUGAGCUCGGAUGUCUUCUUCUGGCUGGAACUCUCUGGCUAGCGCUGGGGGCAUUCGUCGCUAACUCCGACUCGGAGAUGGCUGACGUGGAAUGCUUUUCCUCGUCUGACGCCAACGCUGAGCCCAUCGACAUCCCUGGGUUCAACUCUGAGACCUAUCACGCUCAGUACCAUGUUCUCGAGGCCUUUUCCUUCUUCAACAUGAUUCUCAUUUUCGCAUUCCUUGUACUAUUAUUGGUGCUCGCCGUGCGGCAACACCGCGCGGGCUCGAAGCACGUUUGGGUUCUUCCUGUGACGAUGAUCUCCUGGUUCGGUCGGACCGGUAAACCUGUGGGCAAGCUUCCCGCGCCAGUUACCCACCGCUCGCGCUCGCAGUCUCGGCGUCCGACGAUGACCGAGAAGGAGAAGCCCAAAGCGCGCUCCCAAUCGCGCCCGGCUGAUGUCCGACGGAACGAGUCCCAGCGCGCUCUCCUGCGUGACGACUCUUACAGGACGAACGACUCUCGCCGCCCGCUGAACCGCGACGACUCGCAGCGGACGAACGACUCCCGCCGUCCGCUGAACCGAGGCGACUCGGGGCGGACGACGGACUCUCGCACGCCGCUGAACCGCGACGACUCGUGGCGGACGGCGGAUUCCCGCGGCCGCCCGGAUCUCCGGCGGGACGACACGCGUCGGACGAACGACUCGUCGAGACGGCCCGAUGUGCGUCGGGAGGACUCGAGACGCACGAACCCGGGCGAGUCGCGGCGGCUGGCGACACGAGGCGCGUCGCCGACGCGGAACGAGGUGCCGACGUACGUGUACUGGAUGCCGCACAAUUUGACCUCCCCUGCCUCCAGGAUGACCCAGCUCUUCAGAUCCAUGCGCCUCUACGGCAACAGUGAGU